CAGAGUAAAUGAAACUUAAAGUCAUUGCCGACCACACUGGAGACGCGAUUACUUUAAAACCUGCGCUCUGUACCGACGGACACAAUUUGGGGGCAUUAUCAAGCAAGUCGGUGAGUAAUCAAAACCAAGCCCUGGAAAAUGGCGGAGAAAGUCGCACUUUUUGAAAACUAUCUGAGCUGCCAUGUAUGUUCAGAGACGUUCAGAGAUCCUGUGUCUCUGAGCUGCGGCCACAGCUUCUGUUCAAGCUGCCUGCAGAAAUUCUGGGAACAAACUAAAAACAAAAACUGUCCCAUUUGUAAGAGAAAAUCUUCAAAGGAUGAACCAUCCAUGAUCUUUGCUCUCAAAGAACUCGCUGACUCCUUUGCUAAGAGGCAGAGUGAGAGCUCACCUGAGACAGAAAAAGAAAAGGAGAAAGAGAAGGAGGAGGUGGUGUGUGAUAAACAUCCAGACGUCCCUUACUGGUACUGUGAGGAUGAAGACAGAGCUGUGUGUCCUGUGUGUGAGUUUUCUCUCCACCAGAGUCACAAAGUGGUUCCUGUAGAAGAAGCAGUCAGUGACCUGAAGGAGCAGCUGAAAUCUGACUUAAAGUCUCUGCAGGACAAGAGGAACAAAUACAAACAAGUGGAGGAAACAUACAAUGAAGUGAUUCAACACUCCAAGAAGCAGCUGUUGUCCACAGAGAGGCAGAUCAGAGCAGAGUUCAACAAGCUCCAGCAGUUCCUGAAAGAGGAAGAGGAGUCCAGACUGGCAGCUCUGAGGGAGGAAGAGGAGCAGAAGGGGAGGACUAUCAGCAGAGAGAUGAAGAUGAUUGAGGAGCAGAUCUCCUCUCUGUCAGACAGCAUCUCUGCUGUUGAAGAAGAGCUGCAGAAACACAGCGUGCCAUUCCUCAGCAGUUAUAAAGACACUCAGAGCAGAGCCAGAGCCCAGAGCUCAGUGUCAGAUCCACAGCUGGUCUCAGGAGCACUGAUAGAUGUGGCCAAACACCUGGGCAACCUGUCCUUCAGAGUGUGGGAGAAGAUGAAGGAGAAGGUCCACUUCAGUCCUGUCAUUCUGGACCCAAACACUGCAAACCGCUGGCUCUAUCUGUCUGAUGAUCUGACCAGUGUGAGACAUGGAGACACAGAGCAACAGCUCUGUGUCAAUCCAGAGAGAAACACUAAGUAUAUCAAUGUUUUUGGCUCUGAGGGUUUCAGCUCAGGGAAACACAGCUGGGAGGUGGAGGUGGGAGACCAUCCUGACUGGAUUGUAGGUUUAAUUAAAGAGUCAGCGGACAAGAAUGGAUCUUCUGCAUCACCAAAAUAUGGAAUCUGGUGUUUAAAUUAUGACACUGGAAAAUACUUUGGUGAUGGUCAGACUGUGACAGUGAAGAAGAGUCUCACACUUACAAUGUAAUUUACAACUGUGUAGAAAUGACCAAAUACUGAUGUAUUUUUUUCUGUUGUCUGCUUAUUAUGCAUGUCAGUACUGACUGUACUGCAUGCUGUAUAUAUAUAUGUAUUCAGUUUUGUUAGUACAAUCAAAAUCUUUUUGGUUUUGUGGGAUUCAUUAGAGAUAUUUGUGCCAUUUCAGUCUUAAAUGUGCAGCCCUGAUCAAUAGUCUGGAUGGAAGCUGUGUUUUUUUUUAUUAUUUUUUUUAUUUUUUUAUUCCAAGCUGACAAACUUGACUGACUGAAUUAUCUGUUUGAUCUGUCACCAAAGUUAUUGUGCAGUUAUAUUUUGCAUAGCAUUGACAUGCAGAGUCAGUUAAAUAGCAGCAAAUGCAUCUCAUCUCCUCUUUGAUAAGUACGAAAGAGACCCAUAGAAUAGCAAAGUAUGACACUGUUUUUGGCUCUGUGGGUUUCAGCUCAGGGAAACAGCUGGGAGGUGGAGGUGGGAGACCAUCCUGACUGGAAUCUGGGUUUAGUUAAAGAGUCAGCUGACAGGAAGGGAGAGCGUUUUGCUUCACCAAAAUAUGGAAUCUGGCAUUUAUUGCAUCACAGUGGAAACUACAUUAUAUUUGUUGGUCAGACUGUGAAAGUGAAGAAGAGUCUCCAGAUGAUCAGAGUCCAGCUGGACUAUGACAGGGGGGAGGUGUCCUUCUAUGACCCUGAAGACAUGACUCACAUCUGUACUCACAGAGACACUUUCACUGAGAAACUCUUCCCAUAUUUGAGUACUGGAGAGGCAGGAGAUGCCAAAACCUCUGAUAUCAAAAUCUGUCAGACUGAGAUUUCUUUGAAAAGUGCAACAAGGUCUCUGUGAACUUUUUGUUUUUCAUUGCUCCUUUCUUGCACUUUCCCUCUUUUAUUACAUCUUGUUUUGUUGUUAUUUGUUUGUUUGUUUGAACAAAGCAGAAAAAAAUAUAACACAUAAAGCAAUUUACACAAUAGAAUAUAGAUUCUUUUCAAAGCACAGAGAGCAAAAUGAUAAAUGGCAUAUGUUUAUGUUUUGUUUUUUUCCAAUUCAGUUUAAAGGUGAUUCAAAAAUGAUGCCCCAAAUGUGAGGUGAUGCAAUCUUUUAUCCAUUAUUGGUUAUUUCUUCAUUUUCCAUUCAUUCCCUGCUCUUUCUUUUUUUUUUUAAAUGAAAUGUAUAAAUGUUUUUAAGUCAUUUAACUCUUCAUGAAACUAUCUUUGAACAUUAAAACUGUCCAAAAUUGACGUGACAAAGAUAAAUGGAUGCUGAUAAAUGUUACUUGGCUUAGUUUUAUCAGUGUUGAGAUCAGAAUCAGCUGAUAACAAUCUCUGGCUAAUAUGUGUGCGUUUUAUUGGUUUCAAAAUGAAAAAAAAAAACCUGAUUGAUAAUUUGAUUAAUAAAUAAUGCUAAUGUCUUGUUAAGUAAGUUAAGUAAGCGAUUUUCUCUAUUUGAAUAUGUUUCUUAUGGUAUGUUCUGCAUUACUUUGCAAAAUAAAUCAAA